AUGACCGUUUCAGACUAUCUACCAUACAAUACAUCGGAAUCCUUGACUUUUAAAAUCGCAUUGUUCCUUAUCAGUGUGAUAACUGGAUAUCAUGUCAUUCUGGCCAUGUGGAAUAUUUCGCCUCUGCACCCGCUGAGCCGUAUUCCAGGUUUGGCCGAUACACGGGGCAAAUCAGGAAAAUGCAUGAUAUAUAUGGUCCUUGUCGUACGCAUCAAUCCUAAUGAAGUACAUUGUGCAGACAGUUUUUUUGCUGCCGAGAUCUACGGUGUGGGUGCUCGCAAGCGCAACAAGCCUCAACAUCAAGUUAGUGGCUCUAUGAUGGAACAUUCAAUAUUUGCAACUAUCGAUCACGACCUACAUCGUCUGCGCCGACGACCAUUAGCCAAGUUUUUUUCGCAAGCACAGUUUGCCAAAGUCGAGUCGCUAAUUCAAAGCUUAGUUCAGCGUCUUUGCGAUAAACUCCUGAAGGAAAGCGAAUGCCCCAAUCCCCUCGAUAUUACCGCAGCAUACUCUUGCUUCACAUCCGAUGUGGUUGCUGACUACCGCUUUGGAGAGCCCUUUGGAUUUGUCGCGCAAGAAGUCCACAUAUUCCGCUUUUUCCCGGCACUAAAACACAUCGCUCUCGCUGCUUCAAGGCUAUCAAGCUACGUCUCCUCAGAUAUGGAACUGUUGAUCAAACAAUUACGGAUUGAUAUUCUUAACAAAAUCAAAAACAUCCAGACGAGCCGAAAUACAGGAAACUUGCUAGGGAGAGCGAAUUUAUUUGGUUCACUACUGGAUUCUAAACUCCCGGACUAUGAAAAGUCAUUGGUACGUCUUACAGACGAGGCGGCUGCAUUUCUAGGCGGUGGGACGGAGACGGUCAGUUGGACAGUCUCCGUUAUUACGUACCAUUUGCUAUCAAAACCAGACAUCUUGGAACAGUUGACGCAGGAGCUGAAAACUACGAUAAAUAUCGCGGAGGAUCUACCUCGCUGGACGGCGCUACAGAAACUGCCAUUUCUGAGCGCCGUAAUACAAGAGGGCCUACGAUUGUCGUAUGGAAUAUCCGCACGAACAUCACGAGUGUUGGCGGAGGAAGACCACCGUUACCAGGGCUCGUGGACUCCGUCACACGGGACCAGAAACCCUGUUUACUUUGAUGUUUUGAUUCCUAGAGGCUACGCUAUCGGAAUGUCAUCUGCAAUUAGCCACCACGACGAGAGGAACUGGCCGGAAUCGCAUUCCUUUCUUCCGCAACGAUGGAUGAGCAAGAAUCUGGAGCGCAAGAAGGACCUUGAGAGUCAUAUUCUGUCGUUCUCUAAAGGCAGCAGAGCAUGCAUUGGGAGGAAUCUCGCUACCUGUGAACUUUACUUAUUGGUUACAGCAUUAAUUCUCCGAGUAUUUCCGAGAAUGCACCUAUUCGAGACAGAACAGCAAGAUAUUGAAUAUGAUCAUGAUAUGAUUAUUCCUUUAACUCACAGCGAUAGCAAAGGUGUGCGGGUACUUAUUGAUUGA